GGACUGAGGUGCGGUAUGAGGACCACCAAGUGCCAGCUGCUGGUGACCAGCCUCUGUGUCAUGGGCUGUGACACCACUGCAGCUCUUUCACAACUCAGCAGCUGCCUCCAAGGAGAAAUAAAAGGUCGCUGCUGGCAGAAUGGGUAGUUCUCAGCAAAAAGGUAUUUGCUCCUGUCUCCUUGGAGCAAAAGAGAGAGGAUGGCCACACUGCAGUCACACUUGCUACUGGGAGGGUGGUCGACUGAAGCUGCUGGGGCUGUCCAUUGCCACACUGAGCACAGUCACCCACUAUGGGCUCCGUUUCACCCUCAUCAGCAACAUCUCCCUGGACAGCAAUGCCUACAGGGUCAUCCACCACACAGCUUUCUACUUUGGGAUCUGUCUGAGCAUGACGCUGAUCCUGGCAGCCCUGCUGAGCUCCGCCGCCACGGUGCGGGAAUCGCAGUGCCUCACCGCCAUGGGAUUUUUCUGUUUUGCUUUGGCCUUUUGUGGAUUGAUCCCAGCUGCCUGCUGGAGAUACACACACAGCACAGAGGUGGAAGACAGCAUGAUGGAUGUGUAUGAUUUUGUGUACGAGGAGGUGAGGAGGAACACCUCCAGCUUCAGGAGGCACGAACUGACUGCCAUCCAUGAAGCAUUCCUGUGCUGUGGGAAGCACUCUCCUUUUGGGGAUACAAGCAAUGUUGAGAACAAGAUGUGCCCACCCAGCCAAGUGCACAAUGAAGGACAGGACUGCCUGCAAGAGAUCCAGGACUUUCUGAAGAAGCACAUGGACUUUGUCUUCUCGCUCCUGGGCAUCGCCAUUGGCUUCACGCAGCCUUACCUUGGAUAUGUUGCCUUGGAUGUGUUAAUCCUGAUGUGUGAUACACCAGGCAGAGUAAGACAAUGGUUUAUGGGAUGAUCCUAACUUCAUUCCUCUGGUUCUCCAUCCACUUCAGCAGCAACCUGUACCGGAAAGGCAAAUAUAUCCUACGGGAGAGGUAGAAACCUGAUGCCUGGGCAUCCCUACCAGGCAGAGCCAGCUCUUGGCACAGGAAGAUGUCUGAAGUCACCCACAAAAUGCCCUGGGAAGGUAUUGCGUGGGGUCAGCUGAUGGGAUGUGUGUCACACAUUUCCCUUUCCUGCACUACUACUGGGCUCAGAGAUGCAGAUUCCCUCAAUGGGAGACGUACGGGCUGUGGCUCCACAAGAAGGAUGUAAAGAGUUCUUUACAACCAAAUGGAGAGAAAGCCCAGCAGAAAUCACAGCAUUAAACCAAACUUCUCUCGUGCUGUCAUCUGAGCAGUUCCCUGUGACCCUCAAAGAUACAGUGUUUCUAGGAAGAUGGCUUUGGAUCGCAGCCCAGUAUCAAUGUUGCACUAUCAGUAAAUAAGUGACAGGGAGUAUGUCACCACGGAUGGAAACGUGCUCUCCCAGCCUGGACACUUGCAAUGAUUAACUUUGGGCAUGUUUCUGAUCAUGCUGAGGUACAUAGGCAUCCAAUGACUGUCAGCUAGUUUUCCCAUUUUCAACCAUUGCCGGAUUUAUAGAACUUUUGGUAGAUGUCAGGACAAAAAAGUCAGAAGAAAGUGAAUGAACUUUGAAACAACUGACCAACAGAAGGACAUAUUUCUCUUUCAUUCCUCCUUGCUAAUGCAAUACAACUUUUUUUUUUUUUUUUUUUUAAAUUCUUAUGAUUGAGUCAGCCUUCUAAAUCUUGAUGCCAUACUGAAUUCACAGGGGCUUGUUAAGCUGCACCUUGAGUGCUGUGUCUAAUUCUGGGCCCCUCAAUUUAGGAAGGAUGUUGAGAUGCUCAAAAAUCUCCCGGGAAGGGCCGGAAGGAUGGUGAGGGGUCUAGAACACAAGCCUCUAUGUGAAGAGUGGCUGAGGGAGCUGAGGUUAUUUAGCCUGGAAAAAAAGGAGUCUUGGGGUAACCUUAUUCCUCUCUACAACUCUCUGAAAGGAGUUUGUAGCCAGGUGGUGGUCAGUCUCUUCUUCCAGGCAACCAAUGACAGGAUGAGAGGACACAGUCUUAAGCUGUGCCAGGGGAAGUUUAGGCUAGACAUUAGAGACAAAUUCUUCACAGAAAAAGUGAUUGGGCAUUGGAAUGGGCUGCCCAGGGAGGUGGUGGCAUCACCGUCCCUGGAGGUGUUUAAAAAAAGAUUGGACGUAGCACUCAGUGGCAUGGUUUAGUUGAUAAGGUGAUGUUAGGUCAUAAGUUGGACUUGGUGAUCUCCAAGGUCUUUUCCAACCAGGCUGAUUGUGUGAUUCUGUAACUUCCAGCCCAGCUCUAUGUUUAUCAGGCUUUCCUAACCCACUGUGCUCCUGUGGUAAAAGGACUUUGAUAUUACACACACAAACAGAAGUUUAAAUCUAUAAGAGAGCAGGACAGAUCUCCAGCCAGGUUAAACAACACAAUGUCCAACUCCACGUCCUUUUUACAUCACCUUAUCAAUAAUAAACAGAAUUUGUAAAAGGCUGUCAGUCUAGCUGAAACAACAGCUCCCUGGCAUGCUUUGCCCUCAUGUUCAGGAGGCAGAGCUGCUUCUGAGCUGAAACCUAUCAUUGCAAUGUAUGUAGCACCUGCUCUAAAUUACACAGCUCUGUGAAAUGUCUGUUGAACCAGCAACAGCUUUCAUGCCUCUCAUACAUAGUGUCUUUUAGUCAUGAAAAGUGGUAAGUGGUAAUUGUUUACUGAGAUAAACAUGGACGACCCUGUGCUGAUGUUCAGUCCUGGCCCUCAGGCAGGGGCUGCUGCAUGUACAAGAACAGCAGUACAGCCUACAGCACCUGGCUGGCUUUUUAACCUGGGCUGAAAAUACAUUGCAUUGGAAAGAGUUGUGUUGUGGAGGGCUGAGGGAGAUCUGUCACUUCUCAUUCCAUGCCUGUGGAACCAGCAGAGCUUCACUGUUGACUUCACUGGAAGCAGGAACUGUCCCAGUGUAAUAUUCAAGCUACCUCCUGGCAGCCACCAACACACCUCAGUCUGGCAGGGAAUUGGGUGUGAUAUGCACUUCCCAGCAUAUGCACUUUCUCCUGGGGAAGUAUUCACUUGUAUGUCUAUAUGUAUCAUCACAUAUAUUGUCUCUUUCCAGAGAUCAAUCUCCCUGGUGAGCUCCAGCUGCUCCUGUCAGGCCACUGCUAUUGUUAUUCCUCAGGCCAGCUGGCAGCUCAUAUGACUCAUGGUUGCUUCAAUAAAGAUUAAUUUCUUGCAAAAGGCCAUCAUUCC